AUGGAGGCCGUCUCUCCAAAUGAUACAUUGGCUCGCCUGGAGGCGCUGAAAGAGGAGGGGAACGCACAGUUCAAGGGAGGCAAGUACGAGGCAGCAAUCGACGCGUAUUCUCGCUGCCUCGCGGAAGCCCGGGCGGUGACAGGCGAACCUGCCGCGAAGGACGCAUCUUCCUCUCCUCAGGCAGUAGACAAGGCUGCACCACAGACUGCGGCGUCCGAUUCAAAGCGCGUGGCGGAGGUGGCUGCCCAAACACUCUGCAACCGUGCCUUGUGCUACCAGCGUACGAAUCAGUUCGCAGCCGCUGAGGCAGACUGCACAGAUGCCGUUGCCCUGCUCCCAUCCUAUGUGAAGGGUUACUACAGACGCGCCUGCGCGCGGCAGGCUACAGGCAAUCUGAAAGCCUGUGUUGAAGACCUGCAGACGUGUCUCCGCCUCCAGCCAGCGAAUAAAGAGGCGCGCGAGAUGCUGGCGAGCGUUCGCGACAAAGUGAUGGAAGAAGAGGAUGCGCGGGUGCAGCAGCACCUUCCAGAGAACCUCAUCGCGUCGGGUCUCGACGCUGGCCUCUCCGUCGGCGAACGCGUCUCGUCGCUCAGGCAGCUGGGUGCCUUCGUGCAAGAAAGGAAACUGCAACGCCAGUUCCAGCGCGAUGGCAGCCUCAAGCGCAUCGCCGCGGCUUUGAAGACGCAGAUGGAGCGAGAGCUCGAGAGCGCGCCUGCGAGCUCUGCGGAGGCGGAGGCCAGAGCGGAAGCGGCGGCCGCGUCUGACACGAAGGCCGGCAGCCAAGACGCCUCCUCCCUCCCCAUCAGCGUCGAGGCGGCGUGCUGGGAGUUGCUGCUCUCCGUCGUUCAGAAGCACCACAGGGCCGCCGACGACGAUGAAGACGGCUCCAGCAAGAGUGCGCCUGCAUCCGUUGAGGAGCUGAACGCUCCUCUCGAGGUCGAAGCGCCCAUCCUCGAGUCCCGCCAGGCACUCGCUGGAUUCUGGUCUAGCAACGACUUCCUCGUCCGCGCCCGCCAGCUGCUGCGAGCUGGCGUGGCGCCGCCGCAGAUGGGGCCUGCGGCCGCUGGCGCGGCGGUGGGGACAGAUGUCGAGGCUGGAAAGCGCCGCGCGGUUUGGCGCGGGGAAGCGUGCGACAGGAUGCUUCGCACGAUGGGCUGCGUCGCUGAACUGCAUGCGGCGAAGUUCGAGGACGACACCUCCUUUCUGGAGGCCUGCGCGGCGGGCAUGGAGUGCAGCGGCAGUGCAGAAGUCCAGCGCGCCGGCGUGGCGGCCCUCGUUGGGGUGGCGGACGCCAGGCGCCGCCUCGGCGGGCGAGCGCAGGCGCUUCAACUGCGGCAAGUCUUGGAGAAGUGUCUCGAAGACGCGCUUCAAAUCGUUGCGGAAGCCGAGCAUGAGCUGGCGGGAGGGAGCUCGCGUCGCGACCUGGUCUCCGCCAGCGCCGGAGACCACGGCGCCGCCGCAUCCGAUCGCGUCGAGAGCGCAGGCCAGCUGGAGGGUCAGGCGGACUACUUGAUCAUCACCUUGAUUGCCCUGCUGGCAGACAAGUGCCGCGGAAAAGAGGACCCGCCCGACAUGAACCGGCUGGUUGACCAGCUUCUGGCGCCCUAUUUCAGGCCGUCAGAUGACCCUGAGGAGAGCCUCAUCACCCUCACUGUCGGCCUGAAGGGCUUGCGUCUGGUGCUGACCGCGGCGCGCGACGUCGCCCGCACCUACCUCCUCUCCGCGUCGUCGAUUCUGACGUAUCUCCUGGCGGCCGCGGCAGGCGGCGCCUGCGGCUCGCGUGCGCAGAGGCGGCAGCAGGAAGCCGCGCUGGAGGUGCUUCUCGCGUGCAUGGACUUCCCGGAGUUGCGGACGAAUCUCCUCGACUCGAACGCCGUCCCCAUUUUAGCCCAGGUCUGCAGCGAAGAGGCCGGCGACUCGCGAUUGGGGUGCUGGAUGCGGGCGCGCGUGGCUGCGGCACUCGCGCGUCUCUCCGUGCACGAUGAAGACGUGAGGAUUCAGGUCUUCGACUCGAUUGAUUUCUACCAGGUUCUUGAGCAACUGUUGACGGAGAUCCGCGUCGCGGGGGGCGACGGCCGCCACCAGCUCCGCGAGGAUGCCGCGCGGAAGCAGACAGCGGUCUCGGCGAGGGACGGGAGCAUCGUCGUCGGCGAAGAGACCUUUCGCUCUCUCCUGGAGAUUUUCUUCUUCCUCAGCCUCCACGCGGACUUCAAGAAGCUCCUGGCGAGCGACGACAAGAAGGGCACGAGGUUGCUUCGCACGCUGCUUCAGGUCGCGAACGCUGGCGGCGGGAAAAGGAGCUCAGACGGACGCCCGAAGGCGCGGUCUCACAGCAGCUUGGCGCGGUACCUGCUGCUUCAGAGUCUGUGCAACAUCAUGCGGUCGCGCGAAGACAAGGAGCGCCAACGAAGAAAGAAGUGCGACAUGGGCAGCCCGCUGGCGGACAUCGACGAUGAACAGCUCGAGCAGCUGGAGGAACUGUUCAAGAAACUGCCGCCUGGGGCGAAGCCCGCGGCCAACGGCGAAGUCGACCUCGGCGACAAGGCGCUCGCUGCUCAGCUGAGGGAGACUCUGAUGGAUCUGAACGUGGUCAGCGUUAUCGUGAAGAGCGUCUGCUCGAUUCCUUCGCCAUCUGCAAAUGUCCUUUGCGCCGCGGCUCAGGCUUUGAAGUUCCUCUGUGCGGAGCCGAGUCACCGCGGGCAGAUCGUGCGCGAGGGCGGCAUCCGGGCGCUCUUGACAGCUGCGUCUCGUCUCGAAGACUAUCCAGACGACCAGCGGAACGCGCGCCAAGCUGCGGCUCAGCUCUGCAUCACAAGUAAUCCGUCGCUGUUUUCCUACCGCGAAGUCCUCGAUCUCGUCCCCUGCUUGACGCCGCUGCUCAAAGACAGCCACGAGUUGCUCCAGUAUGAGGGCGCUAUCGCACUCAUCAACCUAAGCUCUCUGAACGAAGAAGUCCGCACGCGCGCCUGGCUGGGCGACGCGUGGGCGGGCUUCGAAGACUUGCUCUUCAGCGAAAAUGACCUGCUGCGCGCCGCGGGACUGGAGGGCUGGUGCAACUUGUCUGCCUCGCCCGCAGUGCAGGAAGAGAUCGGCAACAAAAUGGAGAGGUUUGCGGAGAAGAAACAGGAAGUUCAGGACGUGAAGCUCAUGCUGGCUUUCACGCGAGAGACCAAUAACCCGAGGGCGCAGAAUGCUGCGAUCUCGGCACUGGCGAUGCUCCUGGCGAACGAGAAAGUCGCCACGUACCUGCCUGACUACAGCUUCUUCGGCAACAUCGAGACUGUCCUCGACGCCGCAACGGAGAAGGAAGAAGCGCUCACGCUGCGCUGCGUCUCUGCGCUGUACAACGUCUGGGAAGAACUCUGCACUCGAGAGGAGACGACGAAGAAACGAAAACAUAUCCUCGAGGUCGUUGCGCGAAAUCAACAGAAGCUCAAAGGCAGCGCUGCGCAACUAGCCACGCAGAUGCUCACGUGGAAAAGUCAACCGGCACCAGCGGCGGCCGAAGGAGAUGAAAAGAAGGAGGUGUCGUCCGAGUCAACCUGA